AUUUUAAGAGAAUAUUUUACUAGUUUUUCUCUCUGUAAAAUAAAUUAAAAAAAAAGUAUUUAAGAAAUGUAUGUUUAAAGAAGAAACGAAAGAAAUAAUAUUUAAAAAAAGAGUGUAUUUUGUAUGUUGAUUGUUUGCAGUAGCGAGAAAGUAUCUCAGACACAGCGUUUGUUGCAUUCAUUGGCCCUCAAUACAUCACAUCAGCAGCAGAAGUAUUUUAAACAUCAAACCGGCAAGAUCGUGAUCUUAACGUAGCGCGCGUUACGACAAAUUCUAAACACUCUGCUGCCUAACAAUGAUGAAAUCCAAGUAUGAGAAUAUGAAAAUUAUAUACAACCGCAGUAAAUUUGGUUGGUAUUGGGCUCCGGUGUUUAUAGCGUUUUGGUUUCUACUCUUCUACCUGGCCGUUAUACCCAGUUUUCAUCAUAUGCCCGAUACCCUUAACAUAGCCGAUGAGCCAAAUCAUCCGGGCCGCUUUAUAGGAGAACGUGCCGAAAAUACUUUACUUAGACUCACGAAAAUCGGUCCCAAAGUUGUGGGUAGCCCAGCCAACGAACAAUCAGCUGUGGCCUUUCUGUUAGGGGAAAUUUCGAAGAUUCGCGAUGAUGCACGUUUGGAUCUGUUCGACAUUGAGGAGGAUGUUCAAAUAGCUUCGGGCAAUUAUGUUCUCUGGAAAAUGGUUAAUUGUUAUCAAAGCAUACAAAAUGUUGUUGUUAAAAUCUCACCAAGAAAUGGCAACAGCACUUCUGCUCUCUUGAUUAAUAGUCAUUAUGAUACGGUGCCUGGCAGUUCGGGUGCUGGUGAUGCUGGCAUGAUGAUUGUGAUCAUGUUGGAAACUAUACGUAUUAUAACGAAAUAUGAGACUGAGCUGAUGCAUCCAAUUAUCUUUCUGUUCAAUGGAGCCGAAGAGAAUCCGUUGCAGGGAUCCCAUGCUUUUAUUACUCAACACAAAUGGGCGAGUAGUGUAAAGGCUGUUAUCAAUUUAGAUUCAGCUGGUUCUGGCGGUCGGGAAAUUCUCUUUCAAUCUGGUCCCGACCAUCCUUGGCUAAUGAAGUACUAUGGCGCCAAUAUCGUACAUCCAUAUGCCUCUACAAUUGGUGAAGAAUUAUUUCAAAAUGGUUUUGUACCCUCCGAAACAGAUUAUAGAAUUUUCCGUGACUUUGGUAAUAUACCCGGUUUGGAUAUGGCUCACACAUACAAUGGUUUCGUGUAUCACACAAAAUAUGAUCGUUUUAAUGCCAUACCCAGAAAAACAUAUCAAUUGACUGGUGAUAAUGUAUUGGCUUUGGUUAAAGCUUUGGCAAAUGCUCCUGAGUUGGAAGAUCCAGCUAAACAUGCUGAAGGUCACAUGGUGUUUUAUGAUGUUCUAGGCUGGUUUAUUGUUUACUAUUCCGAAGACACCGGCCUUAUUAUUAACAUUACAGUGUGUGUUCUUUUUAUAGUCACCUUAUUGGCCUACAUUUGGAAUAUGGCCCAUCAGACGGGCAUGUUUAGACGCCGUAUAUUUACCAAAUUUUGCAUUUUAUUUAUCAUUCAACUUGCUGCCGUGGUUUUAACCCUUUUAAUAGCUAUAUUCAUAGCCUGGUUCUUGGAUGCGGUUAGUUUAUCUAUGACUUGGUUCAAACAAACCUGGAUUGUAUUUGGUUUAUAUUUCUGUCCCAUAUUCUUUAUACUGGGCAUAUUGCCAGCCAUUUAUUUGAGUUACACCAAAGAACAUGGUUUGCCCUUGGCCUAUUCUUUGCAAUUAUUGAUGCAUGCCCAUUGCUUGAUAUUGACCAUAAUAACCAUCAUCAUGAUCUCAUUCGGCGUACGUUCGGCCUUUCUGAUAAUGUUAAGCAUUGCUUUCUACACGUUAUCAGUGAUCUUGAAUAUUGCUACUUGUUUCCAUAAGAAAAACUUCCUAUGGCUUAUACCUCAUUGUGUUUGCCAGAUAUUCCCAUUCCUUUUAUACACUUACUUCUGCUAUGCCUUCUAUGUCAUUUUCAUACCCAUGCAGGGACGUGAUGGUGCAAAUUCUAAUCCAGAAUUAUUAAUUGGUGGUUUCACGGUUUUGGUGUGUUUAUUAUUUGCUCCUUUCUUGGUGCCUUUGUUGUGCUUGUUCCGGAAAUCAAAAACUAUUAUUUCAUUAUUUGGUGCAAUUUUCGUAAUAUUCCUUAUUUUGGCGGCUACUCCCGUUGGAUUUCCAUACGCUGAAAAAGAUGCUCCACAAAGGUUUUAUGCUGUGCAUACUACACGCACUUUCCACGAUGGUGAUCCAUCCAUGACAGUACGUCGCCAGGAUUCUGGUUUCUAUGUGGUGCCCGUUGACCGUCGUCCACACACCAUUGAUUACAUGUUUGAAAAUGUAAAUCUCGAAAAAUCCGGCAAAGCCGAUUGUGAUACCGAAUUAAUGUGCGGCUAUCCCAUAUACAGUACCAGAUGGUUGGGCUGGAAAGAACAAAGUUUCUUUGUACCAGCCUCUGCACCCAAUAGAGAGGGUUGGCCUAAAAUGCAAAUAAUAUCGAAAAAACAGACCUCCUCACGCAAUGUUCUAUUUACGCUGGAAAUAUCAGGACCCGAUCAUAUGAGCAUGUUUAUAGAACCCUUGGCGGAUACCAAAUUGGUGGAUUGGUCUUUUAACAAAAUGCCUUUGGAAGAGAAAUUUGAGCCUCCUUAUUUUGUUUACUUCUCGUAUGCCUUAGAUCCUACCCCCCUAAGAUUUAAUUUGGAAUUUGAGCGUGAAAGUGCCGACUGGUCUGGUUCAACAUUUGAUAUAGCCAUCAUUGGCCAUAAGAUCCAUGAUGAAAUCUAUAAUACCAAUGAUUUUAGACAAUUCUUGGCCUCCUUUCCCGCUUGGGCUUAUGUUAGCGCUUGGACGAGUUCUUUCGAAAGUUGGAGAUUAUAAACUUAAAUGCGAGAUUAAAAAAAAACAAA